AUGGUGCCCGUAUACACGGCAAAUCGACUGCAACGUUGGAAGUUGAUACUUCUCGGAUACGACUUUGAUAUCGAAUAUCAGAAGACGACAGAGUUUGGACAAGCUGACAGUGCUGCUGUGAAAGCACUGCCCGUGACCAGGAAAACUAUUGAAGAAGAGUCAAGGAAGGCUGAAAGGGUAUCGCAGGUCAUAUGGAUGCGGCAGACAGGAACAUGGCCAAGCAAGCCUAAAGAACAAAUCAACAGCUGGAAGGCUCUGAGUCACGAAUUGUCAGUGCAGAACGGAUGCCUGCAUUUUGGCCACAGAAUCGUCGUGCCAACCUCACUUCAAGAAGCAGUUUUGAAGCAACUGCAUCAAGGACAUCCAGGAAUGACGAGAAUGAAGCAUGAAGAAGACAGUUCUGAAUUCUUGGACCACUGA